CCACACCUCCAGACCAACCAGGUCUAUCAGGAACGACAAACAUACCACGCUCCAGAAACAACAAAUGUUCCUACAAGUGCUUAGCCUUAAGCGCGAUAAAGAAGCAAAGACGCAUAUCCUUCUUGAAGCUCUGAAACGUUGUUCUAACCGACGCUUAAACUCACAGUAACGAUGAACCAAACUUUGGCCUGAAGCUGUAGGCCAGUGUUUUUAUUCACGCCGCAACUUGUCGAGACUUAUAAGUACAGAGGAAAAGUUUACGGGUUGAGCAAGAAUGGUUGCUUAUUCAAGAAUGUUGGAACAUGACGACAGUCUUUGGAACCUGGUGAAAAAAAUGACCGCUGCGGGGAUGUCAGCCUCACUUGCAGAGCUUGCCACUAUACCAAUUGAUACCGCCAAAGUGAGGUUGCAGGUUCAAGGAGAGAACGUCAAGACACGUGGAACACGCAGUGUAUUGAAAUAUCGUGGGAUGGCACAUACGAUUUUCACAGUUGCGAAGGAAGAAGGCGUGCGCACAUUGUAUUCAGGGAUCACUGCUGGUGUACAACGGCAGAUGUGUUUUUGUGGCAUACGGGUUGGCCUGUAUGACAAUGUGAAGCGUUUCUAUGGUGACGACAGUCAUGGGAACAGGCCUAAGGUGAUGAUCAAGGUCCUCGCCAGCUGCACAACAGCAUCAACAGCUGUUCUCUUGUUCCAGCCAACUGAGGUUGUGAAGAUCAGGUUUCAAGCCGCAGGCAAAAACUCAAAAUACAAAGGUACAUUAGAUGCAUACAGAAAGAUAGGGAAACAUGAAGGUAUGCGUGGCCUGUGGAAAGGUUUGAGCACAAACGUGGCGCGUCUGAGCGUGGUAAAUUGCACUGAAAUUGUCGUGUAUGAUAUAAUCAAAUCCUAUAUUCUAUACAAGCAAUGGAUGGAUGACAAUAUCCCCUGCCACUUCACCAGUGCAAUAACGGCAGGAUUCAUCACAACUGUUAUUGCCUCUCCAAUUGAUGUCGUGAAAACGAGGUUCAUGAAUUCUGAUAUGGGCCAAUACAAGAACCCGAUUCAUUGUGCCGUUAAAAUGUUCAAAGAAAAUGGCGCAACAGCUUUCUACAAAGGAUUUGUCCCGUCAUUCACACGGCUUGGAACUUGGAGUAUUGCAAUGUUUCUGUCAUAUGAACAACUGAAAAGGCUGAUGGGAGUUCACAUUUAAAGUUCUCAAUCGUACAAAUUGGUAACAGAUACGAAACUACAUGAAUUUUUCAAACAUGAUCAAUAAAUAGUGUUUUUUUUCUGGGUUUGUGAAAUCCAGAUAUUUAGACGUAUUCUCAAUGAGGAUUUGUAACGUGUUGGUAUAACCAGAACUGCCUGUGUAUGUAAUUGAAAGUGUUUUAGGACCACUAUUUAGUAGGUCUAUAGAAACCUUUCAUACCUUAUUAGAUUUAUGUUGAUGAAUUGUGCUCGUUUUUAAUAUUCUCGAUAUUUUGCGGUGUUAUUGGUUUCAAUCUAUACACCUACUUCGCUACAAGUAUAUUAUAGAGCCCGGCGAGCAGUAUUGCUAUCGUGGUCUUUCCAUGUUUCACAGUCGUGUAAGGUUGUAUGUAUACAUUUUAAGUGUCGCUAUCAGAUGUUUUUGACUUACAGUCUGUGACAGAGGCUGGUUUGAUAACUAGCUUAGUUUCAGAUUUUAGUGUAUUAAUUUGUAUGAAUUAUGCAAAUGGGUGUAUUUUUGGGAAUAAUGAUAAUUAUACAUUAGGCUUCUUUUAAAGAAGAAAGUAGGCCUAGUAAACAACAUUUCUUUCAAUGUGAAAUUUCACUAUAAGGUAUAUUAAUCAGCUCUAGAAGAAAAUUUCGGUCUUUAGGUCCCGUACGAAAGACUUGAAGCCUUUUUCCUGCUUGCUCCAUGGCUAGAAUGAAAUUCACAUAUGGCUGGCAUGCAAUUAUAAAUUUUCCCUGUCGUCUACUAUCAAACAUCACCCGUAAUCAUCUUCAUUUGCCGUUUAGUACCUUGAAUAGUGAGUGAUAAGAUAUAGACCCGGCCACGUGGUUUUACCAAUUGAUGAGCAGAAAUGUGAAGUUUAUUAGAAUGUAGGCGCGCAUUUAGCUCAAACCAAGAGGCUGAUAUGUUCGGUAAUAACCUUGCUGGUAUGCAUCCAAUUAACAAGUGACAAUUGGUUGUAUAAUGAUAAUCAUGUAUAUAAUUGAUAUAAUUAUUUUUUGAUCAUUUGGUGCUCAUUUUUUCAUAGUAUAAUCGUAUGUUGUAUAAUAAAUUUAGUUAAUUUAUUCAGCUUUGCUAGAUUUGAGUAGUGGAGAAUAGUGCUUAGGAUCAUAGGAGAUUUCGUUGUAUUUUCAGCACAUUUUUCUAGAGUUCUGAAAGUCUCGAUGAGUUAUCUACGAAAGCUUUUUUGUAAUACGACCUGAAGGAGUUACCCUAAAGGCCAGAGGUGGGCUAGUCAAAGCACUGUCAGAGCAUGCUAGCACCACCCCCCCCCAUCCCCAUUGAAGGUCCAAAAUCAAACUCACAACCCACUUUGAUAAAUCUGGGAUGAGUGAGAUAUUAAAGCCCAUAUUUAUAGAAUGUUUCGACAAAAUCCCAGCCAUCAAGCUGACUGCUUGUUACAAGUAAAGCUGGUCCUUAUCACUUUAUUGGAAUUUCAAUCAAUAUUUUCUUUUUAAGUUAUUUAGUUAUUCAAUUUACGGAUUGGUUUCAUUAAUGAGAAUUUAGAAUUAUUUGUGGAAGUAUUGUAUUCAUUUAAAUGAUAAUUUGAUAACUGUGUGCUUCCUUGGUU